GUCUAUCAUAUAAAAGUGGCGAGAGAGGACCAGAUUUAGUCAGCACGUCCAAAAGGAGGACAUAUAACACGUCACCACGUCAGGAAAGGCACCCAGCAGCUGCUUUGCGUCUUCUGAAAGCAAGGGAGUCAGAAAAACUUCGAGAUGGAGAAGAUGCAAGACGGCAGCAAGAGGAAGCGGAUGACGUGCCAUUUGCUGUUUUGCGUUUGCACGGCCGCCAUCGGCUCUCUGCAGUUUGGCUACCAUAUAGGAGUCAUCAAUGCCCCAUAUAAGAAAGUGCAGGCGUUCUUUAAGAACGCGUCUCUGGAGCGCAGCGGGAAGGCCAUGGACGACUGCACUGUCACUAACCUGUGGAGUUUUGCUGUGUCCAUAUUCAGCGCUGGAGGCAUGAUCGGAGCUCUCUGUGUAGGAGCGCUGGUCAACAAGUUUGGAAGGUGUAAGUCUAUGAUCCUGUGUAAUAUCCUGGCUCUAAUAGGCGGAGCUCUGAUGGGCCUGUCCAGUGCGGCACGCUCAUAUGAGAUGGUGAUUCUGGGCCGUCUGGUCAUCGGUGUAUUCUGUGGACUGUUCUCCGGUCUGACCCCCAUGUACGUGGGUGAAAUGGCCCCCACGGCCCUGCGGGGAGCCUUUGGCACGCUCCACCAGCUGGGUGUAGUCAUCGGCAUCCUCAUAGCUCAGAUUUUAGGUUUGGAAGUUUUGCUGGGAUCUCAGUCUCUGUGGCCACUGCUGUUGGGGCUGACCGUGGUGCCUGCUAUACUGCAGACCGUCAUGCUGCUCUUCUGCUCAGAAAGCCCCAGAUACCUCCUCAUCAACCUGCAGAAGGAGGACGAGGCUCGCCGUGUGUUGAUACGGGUUCGAGGGCACGAGGACAUCGAGGAUGAUAUUCGGGAGAUGAAGGACGAGGCCAUGAAGGUUGCCAUGGAGAAGAAAGUGUCCAUCCCAGAGCUGUUCCGCAACCCCAUCUACAGGCAGCCUAUCAUCAUCGCCAUCCUCAUGAACCUCUCUCAGCAGUUCUCCGGCAUCAAUGCUGUGAUGUUUUACUCUACAGAAAUCUUCAUAAACGCAGGCGUCACUGAGCCCAUCUAUGCCACUAUUGGAACUGGCGUAGUCAACACAGUCUUCACUGUAGUUUCUCUCUUUCUGGUGGAGAGAGCAGGACGAAGGACACUUCAGAUGUUUGGGCUGGGUGGGAUGGCCGUCUGCACUCUGAUAGUGACCAUUGCUCUCGGACUGGUGAUGGACCCGUGUGCACAGCGUGCAGAGAACCCAUGUGGAGGUCCGGUUGUGAGUGCCUGCAACAGAACCAUAGAGGCAAUAUCAGAAGGGCCCAAAACGUCGGCGGUCAGUUAUGUGGCAGUUGUGGCUGUUUUGGGCUUUGUGGCCAGUUUUGAGAUCGGCCCAGGACCUAUCCCAUGGUUCAUCGCGACAGAGCUGUUUGCUCAGGGUGCUCGGCCGGCCGCCGUCGCUGUGGGGGGCUGCUCUAACUGGACCGCAGCCUUCCUGGUGGGCCAGUGCUUCCCCUUACUAAUGAACCUGUGUGGACCGUACGUCUUCAUCAUUUUCCUGGUCCUCCUCGUCUUCUUCUUCUUUUUCACCUACUUCCGGGUUCCAGAGACCAAGGGCCGGACCUUCGAGGACAUCGCCAGUGGAUUCGCCAAGGCUGCCUCAUCUGGCCACGCCCAGCCGCCUCAUUUAGAGGGAGGGGUCACUGUGCCUGUUUCCCCGUCAGAGAAAGUGCAAAUGGUGGAGUUUUCUGGGCCGGACGGAGCCAAGAGUGGACUGAACACAUAGACACAGACACGGGUUAGGACAGACACCCUUCACGCACCCAGAAAGUCCAAAGUUUGUGCAGAGAAAAAGUGAGAUUGACUAUAGAAAUGUUCGCUGACCUCAAAUGGGGUCAACAAAUAUGUCACGUAUUGAUGGGCAAUACAAUUGUUAAUGUUUUUAUGUGAGUUAUAAUGCCUUUCUAGUCCCUGCACAGGCAUUCUUAGCCUCAUAAAUAGGACGUUAAAGAAUGGCAGUGCAAGUCUCGCCACAAUGAUUUGGUACGGCGAUUUUUAAAACAGUACACUGAAUACACAAACGUGACUGGAGGAACUGUUUACACUAUUUUUUAAUUUAGAUUUUUACAUUUACAUCAGAAAAUAGCUGAGAAUUUUAUUUUGGCCAGGAAAUGGUAGCUAAAUAUCAUUAUUAUUGAUUAGAAUCGAUUCUAUGCACUUAAAAAAAAGGAUGCAUAAAAGGGUCGUGUCAGAAGAACCACCUUUGGUUCCCCGAAAACCUUUCAGUGGAUGGUGCCUAGAGAAUCAUUUUUGGAAGCAUAAUAUGUAACUGGUGAAGAACCUAAAGCUUAAAGAAACCCCACAUAUAGUAAAGGUUCUAGGACAAACCCUUAAAUUGCUGUAAAACCACUCAGAAAGCUCACCUAACCCUCACAGUCUUGUUUAGUAGGUUGGAGCUUCUCCACAAGGGGGAGCUGUUAGCCCUCAAGUAACUUCUAGUGCUCCAUAAAAGUGGUGCUUUGCAUCAGUGACACUAUGUCCUUAGUUCUUUAGGGAACCAAAAGUUGGUCCUCUAUAGCAUCGCUUAAAGAACCCUUUUGUGGCGUUUUACACACUGAGCAUGAUUUAUUUGUGUGAUUCAUUCGGAUGGCAGUAAAUGAGGUUGUGUAUAACUGAUAUUUUGCACAUCAAACGGUAAAACACGACAUUAUUUUUGUCCCCUUCCGUUCCUUGUUUGCGAACUUUCGCAUCCGACAUGAACUUGCUCAACUGAUCACUAUUGUCUCUGCUGUUGGCAUGGCAACGAACAACUGUCCUGUCAACUACAGCUUUCUAACGUCUUCUGCUUCGUGUCGUGAUGCGAAAGUUGGUGAAUGAGGCGGUGAAACUCCUCUUACAUGGAAAGUAGCCCGUCCAGGAUCACCACUGGCCUGUUUUAGGAGCAAAGGACACCUAUUUGUCAAGAUUUCUGUCUGUGUGUUUGACUUUCUUCUGCGAAAGUUUGAAAAGUGUUUCGGUGCUGAAUUUGGCUUCUGUUAACCCCAAGACGGACUGUAACACCCCGAAAUUGACUGGUGCAUUGUUGAAUCUCAGAUGUUUAGUAUACAAAUAGAACGUAGAGUGGGGGGCGACAUACGCACUAAUUUAUUAUUAAUUAUGUCUUUUAUUAAUGCCAUAAUGUGUUCACCUGAGUCUCAGUGUUGGAAAAAGCCAUGUAAUGGUCUGAGUGUUAAUUUUCUAAAGAAUGUACAGUUUUACAACCCAGCACCUUACUUUUAAAGAUAAAGAUGUUAUUUGCGACUAUGCAGUGUUUAUGAAUUGUGCAGUGUUGAUCAGGGAAUAGAAUGAUUGCUUGCUAUAUUUAUUGAAGUUGUAUAUUUAUAUCUGAUCACUAUUAAUGGUUUACUAAAGCUGCCUUUAGGCUGGUAACCCGUUCCUCAUCCCAGCGUCUUAACAAGGGAAUUCCUUCAAUUUUUCAAAAUUUCUGCCUAAUUAACAUCCAUGUUGACAAUAUGUUGACAAUCUUUUGCAUGUUCUACAAAUCUUUCUAGAUUACUACAUAUGAAUGUAAACAUUUGUAAGAGCCCUGCUCACUGUUUAUGGCAAAACGAAGGCCUUUUGAUAAACUCUGACUACCUUUCAAUUCUUUCUCCCUACAUAUAUAUAAGGAACAAACUGCUUUAGGCCUUGUUAGUCCUAAUUGCCUCGAACAGCAGGAGGGCUUAUUGUGCUGACCCGUACUUGGACCCACUCAUUGCCACUAGCAGCCAUAUUUCAGUGGUUGAGAUGUACAAAACCUUCUCAAAACUAAAGGAAAUGUCACCAUUUCAUGUAAUAACUUUCUGUGACGGAGCUUUUGGUCUGUCUCUAUGUUUCUGUAGAAUGGAGCAUUUCACAUCAACCCACCAACUACUUUGUUUACACCUCAACCGUUUAAUUAUGUAGAUUUUUUGCAAAAUAUGCUGGAAUUCCUCUUUUAUUCAAUGUAGAGGGUAUUAUUGUUGUCGCACACUGAUUCUGUGCUACUGUGUCAUCCCUACACUUGGAGACCAAGUAAUUUAUUUUUCUGAAAUCAGCACCAUUGUGUGUUAAAGGACCUGCAAACCAAGAAUUCUUACAUUUUCACCUACAUAAGCCACUUAAAUCUGAAGAAGUGCUUUAUGAGCUGCGGUCUACAGUCUAGAGUUUUCAGCUGCAUCUCCUGCAAUGCUACUGCUUAACUCAUUCAACGUCAACACAUCAUAAUCAUUCGCUUAGCUUUCAUUUAGCUGAACAGACGUUGUUUACAUAUAUCAGUCUUUACAAAACAGCCUGUUUCAUUGUGAUGGAUAGAUUGAUUGGAAAAGUGGACUUAAGGAAAUAAAUAUAAAAAUGUCUAUAUUAUCUAUAAAUAAAUACAUGUAAGAUGUAGAAUAUGGACAUUUAAAUAUAUGAACGUCUAGGUUGGUGGAGGUUACAGAAAUUCUCUGUAUUUUUAUUUUUUUAUAACUGUUUUAAGACACAUCAAUUGUGAAUGAAUAAAUGUUUGAUACAUCUUUACAGCUGACAAA